AUGGAGGCCCUGGAGGAAGCUGAACUCUGCUUUUCCCAGCUCAACACCUCCUGCAGGAAGACGAUGAACUCUCACUGGGUGGCCACGCUCCUUUUCAGUUUGCUGUGCUGCAUCACUGUGGUCAUUGUGGUUCUUAACCUGCUGGUCAUCAUCUCUAUCUCCCACUUCAGGCAGCUCCACACCACCACCAACCUACUCCUCCUCUCUCUUGCUGUCUCAGACUUCCUUGUUGGUCUCCUGCAGAUGCCAUCUGAAUUCCUCCUUUUCCGAGGCUGCUGGAUCCUUGGUGACUUGAUAUGUGGUGUGAAUUACUUUUUCGGUUACCUCAUUGUCAGUGUUUCAGUAGGAAAUAUGGUCCUCAUAUCAAUUGACCGCUAUGUGGCAAUUUGUGACCCCAUGUUUUACAACACCAAAGUCACUCUGAGAAGAAUUCAACUCUGCAUUUGUCUGUGUUGGAUAUUUUCUGCUGUUCACAGCACUUGGAUACUGAGGGAUUUCCUCAAACAGCAUCACCUGUAUGACUCCUGUUAUGGAGAAUGUUUAUUCAUAAGUAAUUUUGUUGAAGAAAUUGUUGAUCUUGUUGUGACCUUUUUAGGCCCCAUUUUAAUCAUUAUACUUCUGUAUCUGAGAGUCUUUGUGGUGGCUGUGUCUCAGGCUCGUGCCAUGCGCUCUCACAUUGCAGCUGUCACACUUCAGCGAUCAGAGAAUGUGAAAGCUAAGAGAUCUGAAAUGAAAGCAGCCAGGACUCUUGGUGUUGUAGUAGUUGUGUUUCUUCUGUGCUCCUGUCCAUAUUAUUGUGUUGCUAUUGCAGCUGUGAACAACUCGAUAUGGGAGUCAUCUGCCGCCAUUGAGAUUUGGCUGUUGUAUUUCAACUCCUGUCUAAACCCUGUGAUCUAUGUGUUUUUCUAUCCCUGGUUCAGAAAAUCUAUUAAACACAUUAUUACACUUCAGAUACUGCAGCCUGGCUCCAGUGAGGCCAAUUUAAUGUAG